AUGCAUCCAGCAAACACACCCAGCUUUGAUAUUUCCGAUGCGGAGAAAGGGAUCGUCCAAAGCCCACAAAGCCCCAGCCGAGCAAGCAUUGAUGCAAAUAGCCGAGCAACAACUUUGGCUCUAAGAGAGACGAAUCGAAAUGACUUGACGCAAUGUCAGGUGGGUAAGGGCAUUACUAACGCCAAGCCUACGGCAGCAGAGAUCGAACAGGAGAUUAUGGGGACCAAAACAAUACCCUUAGAGGCUUAUCCACAGGGUUAUCCUCGACAAGCAGCCUUCCAAUCCAGCGAGCCGAACUGGUCGAUAUACCGUGGAUUCAACUACCUGCACUCUCGUGUCAUCUUGGAACUGCAGGACGAGCUCCGCUGUCUGGAGAAAGGUCUCACCGAUAUGGACAUGCUUGAUUCCAAGAAUGGCAAUGAGAAGCCAUUGCGGUCACGAAGCGGUGAUCUUGUACAGGCCAAAAGAGCAAAAACUGCAAGCAAGCGUGCGCAUAUAAUCAACGAGAUCAGAUGCAAACUCGUGAACUACGACGAGAUACUGUCGAAAGCACGCGAACUCAACGCCUUCCAACGUCCAUCAAGGCGUGAUUAUCGGAACUUUCGGACAUGGUUCUACAACACGAAGCCAUUGACUAAUGACUCGGAAGAAGAGUUUAUAAUGCGGAAAGAAGACCUUGUAUCACUUCGACAUGGCCGCGAAUGGUCGGGUUUCGACGGCUUCAUCGAAUCGUGCCUUCGGAGAGUGCACUGUCCUCUUACUCAGAAAAUGUUCGCAACCAAGGAGCUUCGCGAAAAGACGAGCGAUAACUGCAUGUUCUACUACUCACAGUCGCGCAUCGAGAAGCUCGUUGGACUGAUCAUCACGCUUAUGAUAUUCGUCUUGCUAGUCUUGCCAGUCGUGGCUAUGUAUCAGCUAACUUCAAUCGGUGAUCGCAACUCUACUUUUGAUGCUGUUGGUAUCUUGGUAGUCUUCACCCUUCUGUUCUCAGCGGCCAUGUCGCUUGUCACGAAGGCGAAGCGGCAUGAACUCUUCGGAGCUAGUGCAGCAUAUUGCGCAGUACUUGUCGUUUUCAUCAGCAACUUCAACAAUGGUGCAAAUCACUAG